UGAGUCUUAAACCCUCCGACGACCAUGGUUUCUCAUAAUCUUAAAGCCCUCAUCAAAGCAAUUCGUGCUUGCAAGACCCUGGCAGAUGAGCGCGCUUUGAUACAAAAUGAAUCUGCAGCUAUCCGUACGUCGUUCCGCGAAGAGGAUUCCUUUGCACGGCACAACAACAUCGCCAAGUUAUUGUAUAUCCAUAUGCUCGGCUAUCCAGCCCAUUUUGGGCAAAUCGAAUGCUUAAAACUAGUAGCAAGCCCGAGAUUUUCCGACAAACGACUGGGGUACCUUGGAAUCAUGUUAUUACUAGACGAGCAACAGGAGGUUUUGAUGCUCGUUACGAACUCCUUAAAGAAUGACCUGAAUUCUUCCAAUCAGUAUGCUGUGGGGCUUGCCUUGUGCACCUUCGCAGAUAUAUCAUCAGAGGAGAUGUCUCGGGAUUUGAGCAAUGAAAUCGAGAAGCUCUUAGGCUCUGCAAAUACUUAUAUACGAAAGAAGGCUGCCCUGUGCGCACUGCGGAUAGUCCGUCGCGUCCCCGAUCUCCUACCCAACUUCAUUCAACGUUCGAAACCAUUACUCUCGGACCGAAAUCAUGGCGUACUCCUUGCUGGGAUCACUCUGAUCACGGAAAUGUGUGAGAUGGACGCCCAAUGUUUAGAUGAAUAUCGAAAAGCUGUCCCUCUCCUUGUUCGACACCUUAAGUCACUCGUAACUACUGGCUACAGUCCAGAACACGACGUCUCGGGUAUCACGGAUCCAUUCUUGCAAAUCAAGACUUUGCGUUUGUUACGCCUGCUGGGAAAGGGUGACGAGAAAGCAAGUGAAGUCAUGAAUGACAUUCUAGCACAGGUCGCCACCAAUACCGACUCGACGAAAAACGUAGGGAAUGCUAUCCUUUAUGAGACCGUUAUGACGGUUCUGGAGAUCGAAGCCGACAGCAGCUUGCGUGUCAUGGCGAUUAAUAUUUUGGGAAAGUUCCUGAGCAAUAGGGAUAAUAACAUUCGAUACGUGGCUCUCAACACUCUUCUUAAGGUGGUCUCCAUGGACACAAAUGCAGUUCAACGUCACCGUAAUAUUAUCCUUGAUUGUCUUCGCGAUGGGGACAUUUCUAUCCGUAGACGAGCACUAGAGCUCUCUUAUGCACUGAUCACUGAAUCCACAGUUCGUGUGCUUACUCGAGAGCUCCUUGCAUUCCUGGAGGUCGCCGACAAUGAGUUUAAGCAGGGGAUGACCACCCAGAUAUGUUUAGCUGCAGAACGAUAUGCCCCAAACAAAAGGUGGCACAUCGAUACCGUUUUACGGACGUUGAAACUGGCUGGGAAUUAUAUCCGAGAAGAGAUACUUUCCGCUUUUAUUCGGCUCGUAUGCCACACGCCAGAACUUCAGGCAUAUACUGCAUCCCGUCUGUAUUCGGCUCUUAAAGAGGACGUUUCCCAGGAGUCGUUGACCCUUGCCUCUGUUUGGAUCCUCGGAGAAUUCGGAGACAAUCUACUGGAACAUGGUCUAGUCGGCGAAGAGAAUCCACGGCAGGUAACAGAUAGGGAAAUUGUGGAAUUGGAGGAGUCUGUCCUACAGUCGCCAUACGUGAACGCCCUCAUUCGGCAAUACGUCCUCACGUCGCUGACAAAGUUAUACGCCCGACCAAUUGUCUCUGACGCGCAACGAGAGCGGAUAUCGACCAUCCUGGAAGGCUUUUCGACAAGUCCCGAACUUGAGAUCCAACAACGCAGUGUAGAAUUCGACUCAUUGUUUGGUCAAAGAGAGAUUGUAGUCGGUGUGCUAGAGCAAAUGCCAGUCCCAGAAAUCAAGGCAACCGUGAUUGGCACCGUAAGCGAGAAACGAAGUGUUGGGCCGACUCAGGCCAAAAGUGACAAUCUCAUUGGAGACGAUGAGCUGCUCAGUCCUGCGACAGCAAGUGGCCCCCAGCAAACCCAAUCAGGACUUGAGGACCUUUUGGUAGGUCCUGGCGGCCCACCAGGCGACCAGGGUACUGCUCGAAAGGCUACCGUCAACGACAUCAUGGGCCUGUUCGACACGCCAGUGACCAGUUCGUCCAACUCUCAACCUCAAGCCAACCCGCUAGCCGCCCUGUUCUCACAGUCGACUCCACAAUCCUCUACCCCAGUCACCAGCCCUCCCACAAUUCAACCAGCUGCAUCAACUCCCCAUGUGUAUCAUGCAUACGAGAAGAACGGUCUCAAAAUCACGCUACAGCCGCAGGUCAAUCCAACAAAACCUGGUAUGGUUAUUGUCUUGGCCCGAUUUCAGGCUUCGGGCGGACAAACCAUAAUAAACGUCAACUUUCAAGCUGCGGUACCCAAGACUCAACAACUUCAGAUGCUACCAAUUUCAAGCCAAAUUGUCAAUGUAGGCGCAACAGAAACUCAACAAUUGCGUAUUAUAGCACCACAGGGAAGCCUAGUGCGUUUGAGGUUAAGAGUAGCUUUCACUGUCGGCGGACAAAGCAUACAAGACCAAGUCGACUUCUCUGGAUUCCCUGCUGGGUUGACCAACGGAUCACUAUCUUAGCCACAUCCUGUAGAUUGUUACCAUACAAGGCUUACCUACUUCCGGUUCCGAGUUCUCACAGAGUCAUCUUUAGCUUAUGUAAAUAAAAGCGUCUAAACAAUCUUCUUAAGUCAUUC